AGGGGUUACGGAGACGACGCAGAACCAUAUUUAUUUUGGUUUGGAAAUUAGUCCGCAAGAGACCCCGUGCGUGGAUCGUUCGGCCGUGCGUUUCGCACACCUCAAUUCGGGCGGAUUGAAUUUCCAAGUACUUGCUUAUCGGAGAUCAAGAACUAAAAAACAUGACCCGUGGAAAUCAACGUGAACUAGCACGAGCCAAGAACUUGAAAAAAACGCAAAAGAAGGCAGCGUCUGAGCAGGACAGUAAUAAAGGUCUUUCCUUGGAGCAACGUAAAGCACGUGACGCGGAACGAAUGAGAGAGAAACAACUUAAGAAACAACAGGAACAACCAGAUAAGUCUAAGCAGGCGGCGAGAUAAUUCAAGGGAGGUGUAUAAAUUUUUACGAUAAAAACGAUUAUCACACACUGCGACGGUUAUGUUAAAAAGAAUCACGGAUAUAAGAGACACGAAGGUUGAUGCUUACCAAAAAUGCAAAAGGGAAUCGUCAUGCUUUUGACGUUUAAGAAUUUUUCCAUUGUCGGCCGUACACAACUAUAUCAGUUGUAUGACACACUGCAGGACCUAGCCUCGAUUAUCUUGUUAUUUAUACAUUGCUCAGAAAAACAGUUAUAUAGCCGUAUGUGUAUAAAACUCGACGUUACCUACAGCUAAAUUCAGUCAAAGAAAAUGCGCGUUUGACUGAUUUUUCUAGGUAUAAGGAUAUUAAUUAAAUAAUACGACGUUUGUAGUACUAAUUUUCUCAAUCUGUAAAUUCAAAUUUUCGCAUACUUAUUUAAUAUGUUAUCUAAUUAAAUGUGUAAGGAGCGAGCGACUACUAGAUACGUAUAUGCUUGCCAUCGUUCUCUUUCGCUCGUAAUAAACUGUUCAAAGUUUAA